CGCGGGGCCGGGGCGGCGGAGCGGGCGCGGCCAUGUCCCGGCGGGGGGCGGGCAAGCAGGUGUCGAGCUCCCCGCGGCGGAGGGCUGUGCCGGGCGCGGAGCUGCAGGAGCUGCGGAGCCGCACGGAACGCGCCGAGCGGCGGCUCCUGGCCUGCGAGACCCUGGUGGGGGAGCUGGGCAGCGGCCUGGCCAGCCUGGGCACCGUCCUGCAGGGCUACGGGGAGCUGCAGCAGCGCCUGCUCAACCUGGAGAACCUCCUCAAGAACAGGAACUUCUGGCUCCUGCGCUUCCCCCCCAGCUCCCGCGGGGAGAUCCCCAAGGUGCCGCUGACCUUCGAUGACAUCUCGGUGUAUUUCAACGAGCUGGAGUGGGAGAGGCUGGAGCGCUGGCAGAAGGACCUGUACAGGGCCGUGAUGAGGGGCAACUACGAGACACUGGUGUCCCUGGACUAUGUCAUGUCCAAGCCCGACAUCCUUUCCCAGAUCGAGAGGGAUGAAGAGCUCGGUGACAAAGAGGAUCAGGAGCCCCCAUGGACACGGGCUGGGGACAGACAGGAGCCCCCACAGGCACCAGAAGAGAUGGACCAGGCAGAGGAGUCUCUGGGAGCUGAAAUGCCCAUGGAAGGUGGCCCAGGAGUGGACAGUGCUGUGUCCAAGCCCAGUGGCCCAUCCCGGAUCGAGAGGGGUGAAGAGCUCCCUGACAAAGAGGGUCAGGAGCCCCCACAGACACACACUGAGGACAGACAGAAACACCCCCAGGCACAGAUUGGGGACAGACAGAAACACCCUCAGACUCACACUGGGGACAGCCAGAAACACCCCCAGGCACAAACUGGGAACAGCCAGAAACAUCCACAGGCACAGACUGGGAACAACCAGAAACACCCUCAGACACACACUGGGGACAGACAGAAACACCCACAGGCACAGACUGGGGACAGACAGAAACAACCACAGACACGCUCUGGGGACAGACAGAAACACACCCGGACACAGACAGGGGACAGACAGAAACACCCCCAGACAGGUGCCCCCAACAAUCAGAAGCCCCCACAGACACCAGAAGAGACGGAGCAGCAGGAAGAGGCUUUGGGAGAAGGUCCUGUCCCCAUGGAAGGGGGGCCAGAACUCCCCAUCCUGGUGGUGAACGUCAUGUCCCUGGGGGGCCAUUGGCCAGGGAUGGAGACGGAGGAGAAUCUGGAGGAUCCCGCGGAUCCCGACACAGAGGAAGCCUCGUUACCUGAAGAUGAAAUGCCGUGUGAAGGGGAUUCUCCCGAGAACACAGAGGUGAAGGAAGAGGAGCCUGAGGUGCUGCCAGAGGAUUCCACACCCUGUUCUGGCUCAGAGAUCCAGAAGUGCCCCAAAAACGAGCCGGUCAAAGCCAAGAACAAGAAGAAGCCGAACCGGUGCGAGACCAGCAGCCUCCUGAUGGGGAACUGCCGGCGCGGGUACGUGCGGGAAUGGUGCCAUCCCUGCACGGAGUGCGGGAAGCGCUUCCGCCUCAAGAUCAACCUCAUCAUCCACCAGCGCAGCCACGCCAAGGAAGGGCCCUACGAGUGCCCCGUGUGCGAGAUCGGCUUCACCGACAAGCGGCACCUGGACCUGCACCGGAGCGUCCACGUCAAGGACAGGGCCGUCGGAGCCAAGGUCUGGGGGAACGUGCACCCGGAGCUGCGCGUCCGCCCGCGGAGGGACCUCUGCGGCGGCAGCCCCGGGCUGGGCAACGGCAUCCACGCCGGGGGGGCCUUGCUGGGCCAGCCCAAGGAGGAGCCAGAUGGAGGGGGCGGGUCCAGCGCCAGGAUCGCGCAGCCCCCGAACCCCAAGCUGAAGUGCAUCUACUGCAAGAAGGUGCUGUCCUGCCCCAUGUCGCUCCGGCGGCACCUCCGCACCCACGCGCGGGAGCGGCCCCACUGCUGCAGCUCCUGCAACAAGUGCUUCACCCGCCACACCCACCUCCUGCGCCACGAGAAGAUCCACGAGCGAGCCCGGCACGCCGCCGCCAUCCCGGCGUCCCAGCAACCCGCGGCUCCUGCGGCCCAGAGGAACGUUUCCAAAGGGAACACGAGCCCCAAGCCAACAAAAGCGGGUCCACCCAACGUGCUCCUGUUGGGAGCAACACAGCUGGAGCUCCCGGACAAGGGCUGCCCCCUUCCCAACCGCGUCGGGAGAGCCACGCGGCCUGUGGUCCGGCUGGGAACGAGGGCGGCGCUGGCAGGGGUGAUGGAGAAAUGACCACGGGGCAGAUCCGAACUGUGUGUGGCCCUGGAGAGAAGCUGUGAGUGUUGGGUUUGCGUGUGGUGGGGUACCAGGGUUGGGAAUCUGCUGCGUUUUAGGAGCUUCCCAGAGCUGUAGAAAGAAUGGGAAGCAUGGGGACCACCACAGAGAGCAAAUUGCAGGAGCCUCCAGCAAUCCAAAAUGCUUCACCAUUCCACUGACUCUUGUGCCCAUUGGCUGAUUGCUUGGAAUUUUGCCAAGCUGACGUGCCUGGGAGAUGACCAGGUCAAACAGCAGCUGAGCUCUCCCAUUCCUUGACACUGGAACUGACCCCUUGCCUUGGAAAUACAACUGAAGAGGACAGGGAGAAGGGAAUGGAGUGGCAGCAUUCCCAAGGAGCCCUUCGCUCCACUGACCAAGCUUCCUGACCAAGACGCUGGAUGAAGGGAAACCCCACCACGUCCCGGCCACGCUUGUCACACCCCAUCCCAGGGAGGAGAUCCACCAACCCCUGCAGUGGGUCAGGAAUGCUGGAGCUUUGCACUGGAAAAUCCAUAGAACAAAUCAAACCCCACUGUUCUGGUCUUGCAUAUUCCAGGGGUCCUGGCCACUCCAUCAGGGAGUCCACAGGCACUCUCAGGACCAUCCUGCAUGGAUGCAGUCAUUUUGGGAAUACUUGAUGGGUCAGCCAGCCCUGUGCUGCCCAGCAGUAUCUGAUCCUUGUGGAUCCGCCAUGGCAGCCACCGGCUCCUGCUCUCCCAACCACAGCUCAUCUCCUUGUGCCCCAAAUCCCACUGUAACGAAUCCUACAGGAAACCAGUUCUGCAGCUACCUCAGCCGGAGGGGAGGGAGACCUGCCCGGAGGCAGCCGGUGAAGGCCAGGUCUGGCACCGCUCCGGCAUCCCUGGAGCCACCGGAACUGUGUCUGUGGCCAGAGCCCCACGCACUGUUGGUGCACAGGGAACACGUCCCUCCCGGUGCCGUCGCCACGCGGACCCAACAGAGAAGCUGUUGGGACUCUUGAAUUUAGUUUUCCAGGUUUUUCUUUUUGUUUUCCUUGAGUUGUUUAAUGUAGUUACUUGACAUCCUGAAGUUUCUGUCCCUCUCUAAGCGGUGAGGCCGGGACCCGGUUGGCUUUUCCCAUCUUUCAUUCCCGGUCAUUCCCAAGGUGUGAUGGCGCUGCUGUGGGAAGCUUUGGGAACUGUGCCACAUCCAGGUGUGCCCCUCAGCUGCCUCCCUGCCCCCUGGGAGGGACAGCAGUGCCCAAGCUGCUCCAUGGGGACACACACCAUGUCCCACAGCUCCUCCAGGCCAGUCUGUCACAGUUCCUGCCCCUGGGAUUGCAUCUGGGAAGCAGGAGGGGUGACAAUGGCAGAUGGGUCACUCCGUGUUCCCGACGGGAUGCGGGGGCGGUUCCUGCCUUAUGGAUUGCAUAUGGAUUACCAUAUGGAUUACUAUGGAUCUGGCAGUGAGCCAGUGGCUGGUUAUCCUGCGGGGGUAGAGAUCCCAGGGGAUCCCAUGACUGAGCUGGUGGUGCUGGUGGGUGAUCCUCCCCUGGCCAGCAGAGGUGCCGGCCCCUCCUCGGGCCAGCAGCCCCAACCGGGCAUUUCUAAAGCUGUUUUGACCAGGACAGCGUUUCCUAUGACAUUCCCAAUCCCUUUCUCAGGAUGUGGAAUUAAUAAAGUAUUUGCCUCUA